AUGGCUACGCAUACAACCACGCUCAGCCAGGGAGCUGGUGCUGCUGCUCGACCUACCGACACCCACGAAACCCAAGGCGUCUCGUCCCGCCGCUUGAAGAAGCGGGAGAUCGACCGACGAUGCCAGCGUCAAGCUCGCGAACGCACAAAGUCCCGUAUUGCCUACCUCGAAGGUCUCGUGGAGGAAUUCCGACGCCAGGACUCUAGCGGUCAAGUUGCCACCCUGUUGAAGCAACUGAAAGAGGUGGAAUUAGAAAGAGAUCUCAUGGCGAAGACCCUGAAGGACAUACAGAAGGCCAUGGACACGCAUAAGCUACCCAAGUCGCUCGGCGAAGAGGUGGAAGACAAGAGCACAGUAUUCAUGGCGACAAUGGCCCAGGAAGAGACCAGUGGCGAGCGAGAUGCCAGUCUGACGCCUGUCCGAGACGGCCCUCGCCUCCCCUUCCAACGCGAACACACCGACAUGCAGUCAGGAGCCAGUCCGACGCAGAAUUUCGACCUCGCUACUUUCUCGCCCACACCGAGCUUGCCGCUGCAAUCCCAAGAUCUCCUUUUUGCACCAGAAGUGGUGCCCUUGCAGUCUGACGAGAGCCAUUCUCCCACCCAGGUUAUGGUGCAAGCCAAGGGAGAGAAAGAGCCGAACCCGAUGCCAUGCAACUGGAGCGACAACUGGGCUGCCCCCCGACGAUCCUGCUCAUGCCACAGUUGCAACGAUCGUCAGCCCGGCCGUCGUUCGGUUUGGCGGGGAAACUACUGGCGUUACGCGAACGAGGUGUUAAGCGAACGCUUCGAUUGGAACGAGGAAGUGGCUCCAGAAUCUGACGAUCUGUGCGACGACGUCCCAAUCCGUGCUAUAAUUGAGGGAUGGGAUGCCGUUGCGAAGCGAGCUCCCCUGCAUCCUUCCUGGAAAAUCCUGCGCCGGAUCGACCAGACGCUGUUCGCCAAGUGUCCCAACACCGAGCGUCUCGCCAUCAUGCGAGCCAUGCAUACCCUGCUGCAAUUCCAUACCGCCUCAACCUCUGAUCGUUACGCACGACUCCCGCCAUGGUACAUGCGUCGCCCGUCUCAGAAGAUCGCGCACUCGUACGCCAUCGACUACUUUGCAUGGCCUGGUGUUCGGGAACGUUUCAUCUUCAACGAACACGACUAUUGCGGCAACGACUUUUGGCAUUUGUUCUGCAAAUCCUUCCGCAUUCUCUGGCCAUACGAAUUUCGGGACUGCUACACGCGAGAAAUCGAGACUGGACUCUACAAGUUCUCCCCGACGUUUGACCAGCGACUGAAGGACAUCAAGUGUUGGACCAUGGGGCCAGACAUCUUUCAGAGGUUCCCCGAGUUGUAUAGUGAUAUGCCAGCGUUCAAUCACAUCCCCAAGUCUCCAUGUUCAUCUCCCAGCGGCAUGAUGCACACGCGGAUGCAGGCCCAGGCACAGAAUGCUAGGUUACCGCUACCAGCUUCGUCGCCAAAGGCAAAACAGACGCGGACACAGACGGGCUACGUUAUUGAGGAGGAAGAGGAAGAUGUCAAACCGCCCGCAGUAGGCAGCCAAUUUAUUCCCGUUGAGAGCCUGCAUGCGCACGUCGUUCAGCCACCUCAGCAACAUCAUCAAGAACAGCAUCACCAGCUACCUCACCAACAUAUGUCGUCGCUCAAUCCACAUACGUAUAACCCGGCCGACUUCAACCCGAUAAUGGCGCUCGACGCUUUCGCCUAUGGUGCGAUCAGUGAAGCAGACUUUGCAUCUGCAUACCAUUCUGAACCUAUGGAGGGUUACCCGAACCUGAUUUUUUGA